AUGCACGCCUGCCCCCAGUUCGUUGCGUUGCGUCCGACACUGAGCCAUCCGCAGAGAAGUGUUUCACUGAAGAACUGCUCGCGGUGGCGGCCGUCGAUCACGGGUUUCCGACGUAGAAGACGUGAAGCGAGCUGGGCACCGGGCAGCUGCUCCCGAGUCCGUAUCCCUGAGGCGAUCGCAGAACCACCGGAGAAAAAGCAGGAGCGUCGGGGAGAGGGCGUUUACGUGUCCGUCUAUGAACCGUUUGUGCGGCAAUCCGAUACGGUUAUUCGUUCUGGACUGAACUUUGGUACGUCGCGCUUGCGGAUAUUCGGCGGCAGUAGCACCGGAGAACUGCCCGACCGAGUUGCGCGGUAUCUAGGCAAGGAAGGCACCGAUCGCAUCAUUCGAAAGCGCUUUUCUGACGGCGAACUGUACGUGAAACUCCCCGAGUCUGUGCGAGGAUGUGAUGUGUUUCUCAUCUGCAGCACCUGCGGGCCGUGCAUCUCAGAUUCUAUCAUGGAACUGCUCAUCACAAUCGACGCAGUCAAGAGGGCGCACGCCGCUCAGGUUACCGUCGUCGUACCCUAUUACGGAUAUGCUCGAGCGGAUCGGCUGGUAGAGAAACGCGAGGCGCUCUCGUCGAAGCUCAUGGCGAAUUUGAUUACGCGUGCCGGGGCGGAUCGGAUGAUUCUGGUCGACAUCCAUUCGCCGCAAUCCUGCGGCUACUUUGACAUUCCGGUUGAUCAUCUGUAUGCGUCACCGGCACUCGUUAGGUACCUGAUGGAGAGAAUCGAGCAAAGUUCGGCGGAUACGAAUCAUCAUGGCGCAGCCCGACAACUCGCGGAUCUUGUUGUUGUCGCACCUGACGUCGGCGGUGUUGCCCGCGCGCGGGCCUUUGCCAAGGCGCUUUGUGAUGCACCGCUCGCGAUUAUCGACAAGCGACGAUCCGGACACAAUGUCGCUGAAGUGAUGAACCUGAUCGGAGAGGUAGACGGGAAAAUCGCAGUCCUAGUUGAUGACAUGAUCGACACCGCCGGCACGAUAUGCGCGGCGGCGCGCCUCUUGCGCGAAAAAGGCGCAGCAUGUGUUUUCGCGAUGGCCACGCAUGCGGUUUUCAGUGGACCUGCGAUUGAGCGUCUGAGCGAACCGGGUCUCUUCGAGGAAGUCAUCGUGACCGAUACCAUACCUGUACCUCGAGAGAAGCAGUUUCCCCAGCUGCGCGUCGUCACGAUUGACGCAUUGCUGGGCGAACAGAUCUGGUCUAUCCACCGAGAUUCUUCAAUAUCUCGAAGCGUUGUAUUGUAA